AUGGCUUCUACUUCUUCAUCAGCCCCUCCCUGCAAGUAUGAUGUUUUUAUUAGUUUUAGAGGCAAAGAUACCCGUUAUGGUAUUCUCUCCCAUCUCUUUGAAGCUUUGCAGCAAAAGCAAAUCAAUGCCUUCUUGGAUGAAGAACUUCGUAAAGGAGAAGAGAUCUCACCAGCUCUCUUGAAAAUAAUCCAAGAAUCCAGUGUCUCAAUAGUCAUUUUCUCUGAAAAUUAUGCAGAUUCUGCAUGGUGCUUGGAUGAGCUUGUUGAGAUACUUAAAUGCAGGGAAGAAUCAGGACAAACAGUCCUACCAGUUUUUUACAAAGUAGAUCCGACUGAGGUUCAAGACCUGACAGGGAAUUUCGGGAAGGCACUUGCUAUGCAUGGAGAAAAGGCAAUUCACGAGAAGGUGGACAAUGGAAGCGUGCUUUGA